GUCCCGAAUGCUGCCUGGCGGCGGCAUCAACAAGAGCCAACAGGCGCGCCCUCCAUCACCCCUAGAUCUCCAGGCCUGCCCUCCACCAGGGACUGUAGCAGACCCGCCUGCCCUCCACCAGGGACUGUAGCAGACCCGCCUGCCCUCCACCAGGUGCUGCAACAGACCCGCCUGCCCUCCACCAGGUGCUGCAGCAGACCCGCCUGCCCUCCACCAGGGACUGUAGCAGACCCGCCUGCCCUCCACCAGGGACUGUAGCAGACCCGCCUGCCCUCCACCAGGGACUGUAGCAGACCCGCCUGCCCUCCACCAGGGACUGUAGCAGACCCGCCUGCCCUCCACCAGGCUGUAGCAUUUAAUGUCAGACGGCCAUACCCCAUACCAGGGUCGGUUACAAUGGAGGUAAAUGUAGACCCAGCCAUUAGCAUCAGCACUCGGUCACAAGUACUUUGUGUUGAGUUUUCGCCAUUUGAAUGGUCACGGGCACUGCUGGCCGUUGGUCUUCCUACCUCUGUGGCUGUGUACUCCUUCAAAUUUAAGGAAGAGGGAGAUGACAGUAAUGAAGAAUGUGAGCAAGUAUGGGAAUGGCAUGUUUCAAGCCAACCAGUAUCUAUGGCUUGGAGCCCUAGUUCGACACUACGGGCAGCGUCGUGUUGUCUUCAGUUAGCCGUGGCCUCGGCAGACAACAAAGUUAUGCAACUUUCGUCUGAUCUGGGAGAAACUAACACAGUACAGGACAUACUCAGUCACAGUGACUUCGUGAACAGUGUGACAUAUAAUGGCGAUAGUGGCACAUUUGUGGCUUCUACUGGGGAUGAUCUUACUGCACGUGUGUGGGAGAGUUCUUCGCAGAUGCAGAUUGCCAAGUUCCUGUUAACGUCUCCAGGUAUGGUUGUCUGCUUCCAUCCUGAAGAUCCAGAUUUACUCUUGGUGGCAGAGAAGAAAGGGGUUUUGAGGGUGUACUCUGUGAACAGUGGAUGUUCUACGCUGUUCUUGCGGUGCCCCGGUCCUCUCUUGAGUGCUGAUUGGUCCAUUCCUGAUCCUGCUUAUAUAGUUGCUGCUGGAGCUAAGGGACUUACUGUGUGGAAUGUUUCUUCUCUGCAACCGCACAGUGAUGCAGUGGAAGUUGGGGGCGGAGAGAGAGUCUUAAGUGUACAGGUGUGCCGCUCCACACCUGGUUUGGUGGCCACACAUGCUUCCCCGCAUGUUGUUCGUGUAACCCACCUUCACUCUAAUAAAGUUCCUAUUGCCGCUCACCUAAAGGUUGUGGGAGGCAUGAGCUGGCAUCAGAAUCUUCCAUAUCUAUCUGUAGGAUCGGAUCGAAAAAUUCUAAUUUGGAAAAUUGAUAAUGUUUAAAUUGUAUUGACUUAUUAUAUGUAAUAUAGUGUACUGUAUGCACAUACAUAUAUUUUUAUAGGAUACAUAUAUUGUUCUACUGCAAAGGACUAAUAUUUGUAUGAAAGACAAAGUUAAGUGAGAAUUAGGUUAAGAUUUGAUGAAUUUAUAAGCUGAAUAUAAACAUUUUAUAUUUCCAUUUUUCAAGUGUUAUCAAGUGCAAAUACUGAAAGAGAUUAUUUGUGUGUGUGUGUGUGUUUGGGUUUGAAAUUUAAUGUCAUGUAAUCUUUUAAGUAAUUUUUUGUCAUUCAUUUAAUAUUUUUUUAUCCUGAUUGAUGUUCUAAUAUUUGUAGUGUCUUAAGAAUAAAUAUGUAUUUAGUAGAUAUGAUUUUUUAUGGAAAUAAAUUCUGAAUUGAACAUUUUGUAACAAAA